UUGCGCCAAUCGUAAGUUGAAUGGAGGUAAGCGGCAGUGACACGACGGCGCCGACGCUGGUGUCGGUAGAUGAAGCAAAGGAAGUCGGACAUGCCGAACAGAAUGAAUCCAUCGAGAAGACGGACGUGUUCGAGAAGCCACUGGGCAAGAAGCGCCGCCGGGAACGCCGCUUGGCGCUGAAGAAAACCCAGCUGUGCCGCCAUUUCGACAAACCCGAUGGAUGCCCGUUUCCAGAAUGCGUAUAUGCCCACGGCCUCGAUGAGCUGACGGACGGCGGCACCUUUACCGUUACGGCGCAGCGCAAGCUUAUCCGCGACCAAGGGGAGAAGCGGCAAGCGGACAAGUUUGUGCACAAGGACGACGCGACAGUCGUGGACUACGUGGCGCGCACGGGCACCAUGGUGGACCGGUACUACACUCGGAUGUACGCGGCCGACAUUAUGGGCGAACCAUCGGAGGAUCAAUACGUCAAUAUGCACUCGAACCGCCUCUGCGUCGUUGGGAUUGCGCCAGGACACUGCAUCUUCACCCGCGGGUUGACUGUGAAAGCGGUGGACUUUGAACCGUCCAUGGUCGAAAGCAAAGUUACGGGAAAGAAAAAGAAAGGCGGCGUGUGGCUCAACCCAGACACGGUCGUGUGUCGCGUGACUUGCACGAACGGCGAAACAUUCAACUUUCGCAGGUACGUACGUACACAUGACGCCUGAACUAUGGCCAUGACCAUGUUGAUCGUAGCUGCAUCCGAGGGGCGCUGAUUGAGAUCAACGAACUGCUGACCCCGGCCCUGCUGACGACGAAGCCGUUCACGCAAGGCUACAUCGCCAUCGUUCGGCCCAAACCCGUGGAAAUCGUCGAGAUUCAAGCGUCGCUGCUGCCUCAACAGGACUACUCGGAGCUUCGUCACUUGACCGCGGCUAGCUUUCGCUAAUAAGUCUAAACAGUGCACUCAAUGCAAACUACCUACCUUGCGUGAUA